AUGAAUCUUGUUGAAGCCCAAGAAUGUCUCCAGCGGGUGAACCUCUACCGACAAGUUCAUCAAGCUGAUGAACUUGAGCUUGAUGAAAAUCUCUGCAAGGACGCGGCUAAGUGGGCGGCUCAACUUGCGGCUAAAGAUCGACUUGAGCAUAGUCCACGAGAAGAUCGAGAAAAUCAGGGCGAAAACCUGAGCGGCCACACCGGCGAGCAAGAAAUCGUCAAGGCGAUCGACCGAUGGUAUGGCGAAGAAAAAGAUUACUCGUUCAAGAAAAAUAAGUUCUCAGGGAAUACGGGCCAUUUUACUCAAAUCGUGUGGCGGGAAACGAAGAAAUUCGGUAUCGCUCAAGCGAAAUCUUCCACUGGAUGGACUUAUGUCGUCGCCAGAUUCUCGCCUCCGGGAAAUUUGAUCAUGACUCCACCUGGCGAGGAAGAGUGCUUCAAGCAAAAUGUCAAGAAGGCUGACAAAUCGCUCGAGAAAGCAAUGAAAACUCUGAAAAUCGUAAAAGAAAGCAACCAACCGAAAAAGUUCAAGACACCCGGAAAAGAUGAGCAAAAAGAAGUGCUGGAGCAAAUAAACCGAAUUCGAGGCAACCACAAAGUCAACCCUUUGAAGCUGGACAAGAACUUGGUCGAAGAUGCGGAAAAAUGGGCCAAGAAAAUGGCGAAAAAUGAAAAAGCAGAAAGUGGAAAUGCCGAGGAUCAAGGAGAAUGUCUUUUUACAUACAGUGGCCCGAAUUUCUCCCUCUCCGGCGCAGUAGAUGCCUGGUACGGCGGCAAAGAAAAGUACAACUUCAACACUCCCGGCUGGCAACCUGGAUCUGGAAAUUUCACUCAACUCGUCUGGGCUGAUUCUGAAAAUUUCGGCAUCUCUGCAUCCCAGGGAAAGUCUGGAAAGAUCUACGUCUGCGCUCGAUUCUCACCCCCUGGAAAUGUGAUCGUUACUCCACCAGGAGAAGCUGCUUGUUUUCAGAAAAAUGUCUUUGGUUCUUAA